UACUAAAAGAUUUUAUUUUUUAAAGCUUAAUUAUGAUAUUAAAUUUGAAGAUUUUUAUAUUUUUAUACAAUAUCAACAAUAUAAUCUUCUAAAUAGAACUAAUUUUUAGAAUUUACUUAUAAUUUUUGAAAAAAGAUAGAUGAAAUAUUAUUAUUUUUUCCUUCUUAGAAUUAUUUAUUUUCUUUUUAUUAUUCAUGAGCAAAUUCAUCAGAAGAUUAAAUUAUUUUACUAUCUAUAAGUUUUUUAAUUUUUUCAUUCAAAUGUUAUUAUUUUUUCAUAGAAUUGUCAAUUUCAUAUCUUUUACUAGGUUCUUUACUACUGCUGCAUGUUUUUAAUUUCUAAGAAUCGAUUUUUUCUAAAUUUUUUAUAAAUUAAAGGGACUUCAUUUAGUUUUUAUUAGUUCUAAAUUUUUCAAAUUAUUCCUUUAUAUCAUUUAUAUCUUUUAGACUUAAUUUUUUGCAAGUUUUAUUAUUUUUUAUUACAUCUUUAUUUAUUAAAUCACUUUUGUUUCUUAAUUUACUUGUUUAGGUCAUUUUUGGAGGGGAAAGGUAAAAAUUGUUCAUUACAUUUAAAUUUGUUUGCUGCUUUUAUUUCAAAGGGAUUGUUGAAAAUGAUUUGCCCUACAGUUUUAAUUUUUCUUCUUAUUUAGCUUUUUUUAUAGUUUUUUUAGUUUCUUAUA